AUGAAUGGUUCAACAGUUAGGGAGGAUACUAAGAGUGAAAUAGACAAACUCAGUGAAACGAAUGUGUUCACACUAAAUACGCUAGUUCCACUUCAUGCUUGGGAAUUUGAAAUAGCAAUACCAGUUCAUCUUUUUCUGAAAAUACAACAUGAAAACGACGCAGACACUCAAGUAAACAUAGUCUUUGCAUGGGUGCAACUUGCAGAGAAGAAUUUGCCCACUGGCAUUGAGAUCAUCUACCGGUGUGACAGCAAGCUCUUCAACCACCGGUGCCUACGUGCAAAAACCAAGCUCGUGCAAAGAUUUGUUGAGCUCCAUGCCUCAGCUAUAACUGCCUGUGCUGCUGCGUACUCACCAAACAUACACAUGAAUGUUAAAACCCUUGAGAAUGUGAGUAAGUUCUUCAAGUACCAAGGCAGUUACUCAUCUGCCAGUGUUGUGGUUGACAGCGAGAUCACUUCUCAGAUCAGCAGCUUUUGCUCAACUCCGGUGCACCGAAAGUGUCAUAAUACUCGCUCUGCCAUGUCAACAGCCAUCAAAAUUGCCGAUGACGAAAAUUUUCGUCACACUCCAAGAAUGAAUAGGAAAACUAACGAUUCAUAUGGCGCACUUAUGACUUUCCAAAGACAUUGUAUUAGAUACUUCAAGAGAGAAAAUGAGUCUAGCGAUGAGUUUGUGAAUAGAUGUGAAGCUCAAGCCAAGAGAUGCAAAUUUACUGAGGCAGAACAUGAAACAAGAAUCAUUGAGCAAUUCAUGGAUAGAGUAUACAGUAACGAUUUGCAAAGAAGCCUUAAUAUGGAAGGUGAAGACAUAAGGUUGAGCAAAGCCAUUGACAUUGCCAGAUCUCAUGAAGCAACUAUUAGAGAUAACAGAGACAUGAGAGCCAAAACAGUCAAUUAUGACCUAAAUGUCGAUGCCGUGGGACGCCAUAAAUUUGCAAGGGCAUCAAAAUCAUGCAACAAAUGUGGGCGAGCACACAAUAAAUACCCCCCACAAUCCUGCCCAGCAUAUGGUGCCAGGUACAAUACAUGUGGCAAGAUGAACCACUGGCAAAAAAUGUGCUUUUCAAUACCAGAAACCAAGAGUAAGGGCACAAGCCAAAGUCAUUAUGCCGGAAAUAAAGUCCUUAGGAAUCUCAACUACGACAAACCCAAGAAAGCUAACAGAACAUCUGCCGUGCAUGAGUUCAGCCAAGAUGACCCCAAGGAGGAUUAUUUUACAGUGAGUUCUGUUAGAGUGGCUGAGGUAUCGAACAGUAAUGAUAGCGAGGCUCUGAGAUCUAUCAAAGUCAAGAUCCCUAGCAACAAGACUGGCUCAAUGACAGUCAAAGUCGAUACAGGUGCUGGAGCAAACCUGCUCCUGAUAAGAGCAUUUCGAAUUAUGUAUCCAGAUUUAUUAGAUGCUCAUGGGAAGCCGAAAACCUAUCUGACAAACAACCAUCAGAACUUGAUUGCAGUGAACAAUAUGAAACUCAAGCAUUUUGGGUCGAUCAAUUUAAAGCGCACCUUCGACAAGGAAAACUGGAUUGAUACAGAUUUCUACAUUAUGGAGCAAGAAGUUGGACCUAUUAUUUUGGGUCUGCCAAGCCUGAGAGCCCUAGGCAUGGUAACAAUUCAUGAGGCGCGGAUGCAUCCUCAAACAACCAUGGCCGUCCAGUCAGUGGAUGAUUUAAAGAAAUCAUACCCGGAUCAGUUCGAUAAAGUUGGGAAUUUCCAUGGAAAAUACCACAUAGUGCUGAAAGAGGGCUCGAAACCAGUUGUUCAUGCACAGAGAAAAAUUCCUAUACAUAAAAAGGAAGAACUUCAAAACCAGCUCGAAGACAUGGAAAAAAAGGAGUUAUCAAAAUGGUGUCGGGACCUACAUAUUGGGUCAACAGCAUGCAAACUUGAUGCAAAGAAUGGCUAUUUGUCAGUCACACUUGACGAAACUAGUUCAUUCCUCACUACAUUCAACACUCCUUUUGGCCGCUACAGAUAUCUCAGAAUGACUUUUGGCCUGGUGAUUUCACAAGAUGUUUUCCAGCAAAAACUGGAUCAGAUCCUUGAAAACUGUCCUGGUACCAUUGGCAUUGCUGAUAUCGGUAUUAUAUACCAGCGUGGCUCCCACGUGGACACUCGCCCACGCUUGGCGCGCCCCAGGCUACCGAGCCCCAAGCGACACUGCCCUCAUCGUCCCGUGGCGUGGCGUGGGCUGCUCGGAUACUUAAGGCCUGCGUGUGACCCCGGUCAUCAGAGUGUGCCCGCCGCUGUGCUGGCCCAAGGUCAGCGCCUGUCCGCCUCAGGAACAAGUGAAAUUCUUCGGAACUGUUUACGACACGGAAGUCUCUCAGAUCCAGACAAGGUAUCAGCAAUUAAAGCACUGCCGAGCCCAACAAAUGUUACAGAGCUGCAACAAUUUUUGGGAAUGGUCACAUAUAUGUCACCUUUUAUCCCAAACCUGGCUGAUGAAACUGCACCACUUGGAAAUGCAACACUGGUACAUUUCAAUCCAAACAAACCAAUAGUCAUACAAGUAGAUGCAUCACAAAAGGGUAUUGGUGCUGCAUUAAUGCAAAAUGACAAGCCUAUCGCUUAUGCAUCCAAGUCUCUGUCUGAAACAGUGCAACGUUAUGCCAAUAUUGAAAGGGAACUACUUGCAGUGGUAUUUGGAUGUGAAAGAUUUCAUACUUAUGUAUACGGCAAAGCAUUCCAGGUGGAGAGUGACUACAAACCACUAGAAAUUAUUCAGCUAAAGAAUCUGACAACUGCACCACCCAGACUGCAGCAUAUGCUGAUGAGGCUGCAGCACUAUGAUGUCACAAUCCGGUACAAGCCAGGAAAAGACCUGUUACUAGCAGACGGUCUAUCACGCUUGUCAUCAACGGACAAUCAACAUAUUGUUCCAGACCUACAGAUCAACUUUGUUACAUUCAGCAACGAGAAACUAGUCACACUUCAACAGGAAACCUCAAGAGAUGUCUUCCUGCAUGGACUGAAAGAAGUCAUUAUACAAGGAUGGCCAGAAAAGAUGAAAGACCUACCGAGAAUGUUGCAACCAUACUGGUCCUUCAGAGACGAGCUAUCUAUUGAAGAUGGGCUUGUGAUAAAAGGCAGCAGAAUCAUAAUCCCAGUUUCCAUGCUGAACCUUGUGCUCGACCCUAUCCACGUAGGACACCAAGGCAUCACGAAAUGCCAACUUCGAGCCAAAGACUGUGUCUACUGGACUUCAAUCAACAGGGACAUUGAAGAUAUAGUUCAGCAAGAAACUUCAAGGUCACAAACAAAGGAAACCCUCAUCCCGCAUGAACUUCCUACACGACCAUGGCAGUAUGUUGGAACAGACCUUUUCCAUUAUGGAGAAAAUAACUACCUGAUUAUAGCGGACUACUCAAAGUUUCCAGUUAUCAGGAAAAUGCCCAUGCACGUCACAAGCACAGCUGUGAUCAAGGGAUUGAAGAACUUGUUUUCUGAGUACGGAGUUCUUGAAAAAGUAUAUAGUGAUAACGGACGCCAAUAUAGCUCAGAAGAAUUUGCAACGUUCGCUUCGAACUGGGAGUUCGAACAUAUAACAAGCUCAUCCCACUAUCCCCAAUCAAAUGGAUUCAUUGAAAGAAUAUACCAAACCGUCAAGAACACCAUCGACAAGGCAAGAAGAAGCAACAAGGAUCCAGAUAUGCCAUUGUUAACACUACGUACCACACCACUGGAUAGCAAGUUGCCAAGCCCUGCAGAACUUCGGAACGGGAAGAAGAUGAGGAGUAACCUACCCCUUCACCUGCCCACAAAGGAAGGGCAAAAACAAGAUGUGUACGAAAACUUCAAGAAGAAGCAGUACUACGACCGAGGAGCAAAAGACCAACAAGCACUCCUACCAGGCCAAGCUGUUCGAGUUCAAGACCACAUUUCUGGAAGAUGGACACCCGCUACAGUCGGAUAA